AUGUCCCAACAACCAAUAAGAAACAAAAUCAACCAGCUGGCUAGCGCCCCUACCCCUCAAAACACCCCUGCCUCUUUAACUGGGUCUUAUCUGAAAAAUAACCCUAAUUUAAUCGUCCCUUCCACCAUUGAUGAAGAAGCUGAAAUUAAAAAAAACUUGACAAAUAAUCCUGCCUUUUUAUCAAUGAUUCAAGGUAAAUUAGGUACUUUGAUAGGUAAAGAUUCUGGUUAUAUCAAUUCUUUAUCUCCAAAAGUUAAAAAUAGAAUUUAUUCUUUGAAAACUAUUCAAUCAAAUCAAAUGAAAUUAGAAGAAGAAUUUCAAAAAGAAUUAUUAGAAUUGGAGAAGAGAUUUUUCAAAAAAUAUGAACCUUUAUAUCACCAUAGAUCUGAAAUUAUCAAUGGUGAUGUGGAACCAACUGAAUUGGAAAUUGAACAAGGCAAAAAAAUUGAAUCUGAGUUAGAAGGUGAUGAAGAUGAAGACGAAGAAGAAGAAGAGGAAACUGAAGAAGCUGAUGAUGAUUCUAUCAAAGGUAUUCCAAACUUCUGGUUAACUGCCUUGGAAAACUUACAUCCAAUUUCUGAAACUAUAACUGAAAGAGAUGCUGAAGUUUUAGGUUAUUUAAAAGAUAUUAGAUUGGAAUAUUUAUCAAAACCUGGAUUCAAAUUAAUUUUCCAAUUUGCUGAAAACCCUUUCUUCAAAAAUUCUCAAUUAUCAAAAACUUAUUAUUAUCAAGAAGAAUUAGGUUAUUCUGGUGAUUUUAUCUAUGAUCAUGCUGAAGGUGAUGAAAUUCAAUGGAUUUCUCAAGAACAAAAUGUUACAAUUUCAAUUGAAAGAAGAAAACAAAGAAAUAAACAUACAAAACAAACAAGAACAAUAGAAAAAUUAACUCCAACUGAAUCUUUUUUCAAUUUCUUUGAUCCUCCAAAAGCUCCACAAGAUAAAGAUGAUGAAGAUCAAGAUGAACAAGAUCAAGAGAAUGAAGAAGAUGAUGACGAAGAAGAUGAAGAAUUAGAGGAAAGAUUAGCAUUAGAUUAUCAAUUGGGUGAAGAAAUUAAAGAUAAAUUGAUUCCAAGAGCUGUUGAUUGGUUUACAGGUUCUGCUGUUGAUUAUGGAUUAGAUGGCGAUUUUGAUGAAGAAGAUGAAGAUGAUGUUGAUGACGAUAGUGAAGAAGAUGAUGAUGAAGAUAGUGAUGAAGAUGAAGGUGAAGGGAAAUCUAAAGCUGGUAAACAACAACCUCCUGAAUGCAAACAAUCAUGA